AUGUCAGCAAACGAUUUCUACUCAUCAGGUAACCAAGGUGAAUACACCCCACAAGGAGGCAACAACCAACAACAACAAGGUGAUGACCAACGUGGUGGCAAUGGCGAACUGCAAGACAGAGGGUUCCUCGGUGGUGUCGCCGGUAGUGUCAUUGGUGGCAUUGGUGGUGAUAAGUUGGGUGGUCAAAACCACGGUAAAUUAGGUACGGUGUUGGGAGCUAUUGGUGGUGCCAUUGGAGGCAGUAAGCUCCAAAAUGAAUACAAGGAGCACAAGCAAGAGAACCAACACCAUAGUGGUUCUAAUGAAGGUGGCCUUGGUGGAUUCUUUGGCGGUGGUGGCAGCAAUGAUGGUGGAUAUGGUGGUGGCCGUAAUGAUGGUGGAUAUGGCGGUGGCCGUAACGAUGGUGGAUAUGGCGGUGGCCGUAACGAAGGUGGAUAUGGCGGUGGCCGUAAUGAUGGUGGAUAUGGCGGUGGUCGUAACGAAGGUGGAGAUUUUGGUUAUGGAGGUGGCCGCAAUGAAGGUGGACAUGGUGGACGCCAUGGAGGUGGCGGUGGUGGCUUUGGCGGCCCAGGUGGAUACGGAGACAGAAUGGAAGAAGGACGUCACCAUGGAGGAGGAGGUGGUGGUUUUGGCGGCCCAGGCGGAUACGGAGACAGAAUGGAAGAAGGCCGUGGAGGUAGAGGUGGUUGGUAA